UCCUCUUCAGGUCCCAACGUCCUGUCAGCACCUUUACAGACCGUGCUGGACAACCUGGAUGUUUUGGAAGAGCUGGUGAUAUUGCUGGAUCCAGAGAGCCAUGGAGUUAAAACCACCAAACAUCUGGCAUCUCACUGCUCCUUCCCCGCCACCUGGAUCACUUACACCUACUCCAUGAAGGAGAGCAAGAGCCCGCUGAAAGCCGUGUUUGAGGGGGUCACCAGCAGGCACCCUGACUGAACAGUGGGGCACCUGGCUAAGCUGCUCGGAUAUAUGAAGCGCUACGGUGCCAUCGCUGUUCUCACCAAACUUGAACUGAACGUGAUAGAGAUGUAACAUUCCUUCCACCAUAGUACUAGGAGCAGUGGGCAGCUGUUGUAAUUGUAUUGAGCAAUGGGGAGUGUCCAGUGCCUUGCUCAAGGGCACCACGGCAGGGCCCAGGAGGUGAACUGGGACCUCUCCAAGUACCAGUCGGCACUCCAUAUUUUAAGUCUUUACGGGGACUUGAAC